AUGUAUUGCGCCGCGCCUCGCCGUUGCCUCGAGCACCGGAGUUCUCUGCUUUGGCCUGCAAUUGCGAGUGCGAUCGUAGGUCUUGUCUACCUGUUUUACGUUUUUGCAGUGCCGCAGCUGCUGCGGUUCGAUUUCCGCUUGGGUCUGAGCUGGUACGACCUCGGCGCCCACGGUUUUGGUCCGUCAAGGGGCUAUGUCUCCUUCGAAGAUGAGUCGCCUGUCCUGGAGAUUGUCGAGCCCGAAGGCAGUGCUGGAUGUGACUCGCGUUAUACGUUUCUCGCACCGCGCGGAGACUCGGUUCCCCAGUCGGGGCCCAUGAUUCUGGAUGCCCAGGGGGAGCUGGUGUGGAUGAAGCAUAAUUGGGAGACAACGCAGGACUUCAGAGUCCAGCAGUAUCGCGGCGAGGACUUCCUGACAUAUUGGGAGGGCAACCAGAUUGAAGGAAGAGGGUUCGGGACGUGGUAUAUGCUCGACUCGACUUAUACGCCUCGCUACGUGAUCAAUCCGGUCGGAAACUACGGCGCUGACCUGCACGAAUUCCACAUCUCGGCCGACGAUACAGCUCUGGUGACGAUAUACGACCCUACUCUGGCGGAUUUGACCUCGGUCGGCGGGCCUGAGCUUGGCUGGAUAUACGACGGUUUGUUCCAGGAAAUCGACAUUGCAGCUGGCGAUUUGAUCUUCGAAUGGCGAGCAUCAGAGCACCUUGACAUCAACAAUACGUACCACCCUCUAGCGGCACCGGCGGGCAAUCGACGGGACUCUGCCUUUGAUUACUUCCAUAUAAACAGCGUGGACAAGGAUACAGACGGGAACUACCUCAUCUCGGCGAGGCAUUUCCACACAGUCAUCUGCGUCUCGAAGGAUACGGGCGAGAUUCUCUGGACUCUUGGUGGCAAGGCAAACGACUUUCAAGAUCUCUCCGACGGUAAAGCGACGAGCUUUGCCUGGCAGCACGAUGCUCGCUGGCAUCCAGAGAUGAACAGCCUGACCAUCUUCGACAACUCAGCCCAUUCCGGUGAUGACCCAGAGUCUGCGAGCCGGGGCAUGGUCGUCUCCCUUGAUAUCCCAAACCGGCAGGCAACUCUGCGCGCCGAGUAUUACCAUCCAUUUCACAUCCAGACUGUCUCUCAAGGCAAUGUGCAGCUUCUCAACGGUACCGAUCGUGUCCUCGUUGCCUGGGGUCACAGUGCAGCAUACAGCGAGUUCAGCGCGGACGGACAGCUGGAAUGCAAUGUGCAUUUCGGGGCCUCCGCUUACUUUAAUUUCGGGCGUGUCAACUCAUACCGUGUGCUCAAGGGAGAAUGGACCGGGAGCCCCCAGACUGAACCUGACGCUGUCGUGUCUGGGGAUAUGGUCUACGUGAGCUGGAACGGCGCCACCGAAGUCGCAGCCUGGCGACUUGAGACGUUGGAUUUCACCCUCAACAACACGAUCACCGGUGAGCUGGACCUUGACGGUGAUGCUGUCGCGUUAGGAGAAUUCGCAAAGACAGGAUUCGAGACCGAAAUCCCCCUUCCAAGCGACUUUGACAGUCCGAUAUUCCGUCUGGCAGCACUGGAUGCGGAGGGGAAUGUUCUGGAAUUUACAGUCCCACUGCAGCGAGAUUCUGAUGAAUCCUCUGCUGAUGAAGUGCUCGAUCUACGCUACUUGAUUAUUGGAAUCGCCAUUGUCGCCGGUACGUGCGGCCUGGUUGCUGCGGUGUACCGAAUGUGGCCUUCCUGUCGAGGUCGUCGCCAUGCUCCCUGGCGUCAGAGUGAAUAUCAUUUGAUUCCAGUCCGUGAGCGUGAGCGCAACGAAGCCGACCGUGACCCUCGUUGA